AUGAGUACUAAGAAAGGACCAACUGAUAUUGCCUCCACUUCAGGAACACAACUCCUUGAUAAAAAGCUUUCUGGUUUGAAGGUUAGACCAAUUGAUUUAUCUAAAAAUUUUGCUGAUAGACUUGAGACCGUUUCUGAUUAUAAAACUGAGACAUGGUCAGAGUUUAAUAAACUCAAAGGAGUAUGUACACAAGAAGGAUUAAACUUGUGUAAUGAGCUAAAGCUUUCUAGACAGCUUAAGAUUGAUAAGCUUAAAGAGAAAUCCCAAUUAGGUGACUUCUGUACCCAAUUCGGUUUACCCGAAACCUCUACUCAAAGUAGGAAGAAGAAAAACAGAUAUCAUAGGUAUCCUCACCCAGAUAGCCCGUAUAAGAAAAAAAGGUCUAGAUAUAGGCCUAAGGAAGAGCGUGAUACUAGAAAAGCGCAUCGGGAAUCUACUCGAUUUACGAAGAAUAGAUCAAAGAGAGAUCUCGCUGAUAUUAAGUGUUAUAAGUGUGGAAAGGUUGGUCAUAUUUUUCCAAAUUGCAAGCUUCAAAAGCUGAAAACCUUAGAACUCAAUGAUGAGUUACGUCAUAAGGUUUAUGGCUUGUUAUACACUCCAGGAUCAGAAUCUGACUAUUACUCUAAGACUGAAUCUGAAGAUGAAGUUGAUUUAAUUGAUUUAUCUGAUAGUGAUAAAAUUGUUGAUACUUCUUGCACUGCUUGCAAAGAAUGGACCCUUCAUGGGCCACCAGAGGCAGAGGCAUAUUUGGUUUCCAAAAAGCAAAGUAAUACGUUUGCUUCCAUCGCUAGAGAUGAAGACAACGAUGAUAUUAAGUCUUACGUAAAAUUACCAAAGAAAGAAAUGAUAUUUCUCCUAGAAAACUCUGAGAUUCAGAGAAAAGAUGAACCAUGGAAGAUAUUCUAG